AUGCACAACACUUCGGGAGAUUUACUUCACCAUAGACCGCUCCCGGAUGGACACCUUAAAGUAUCGGUUGAUGUUGUAUUAGAUAAGGAUGCGUUGCUACCGAUACCUGACAUUGUUUCAGAGACAACAUUGCUGCGAGAUGCAAUAGGAUCAUUUGUUGCAUGGCCCUUGGAUCUCAUUUACAUUGAUGAUGAGACGCCUACAAAACCCGCAUCCGCUGAUAAAGGGAUUUUGCGGCACAACGAGUCUGUUGCAUCACAAAAAGAGGUAUUUGCUCAAGGGUCACAACAACUGAGCCAGAAAAUUGGUAGUCGACAGAAAAACAAAAGGGAUCUUCCAGUGACUUCUUUGCCAAAAAAAGGUGCUUUUGUGCCUCGAUACCAGAUAUCUCUUGAAACACUUGUUGACUCAUCAGAUAUGGCAACAGCUGGUGUUAUUCGCUUACUGGAUAUGGAGGAAGAUAUCUUUGGUUAUUCAUGCACUGAAACAAUCGGAAAAGAAGAUCUGGAACAUAUUUUUCGGCAUCAAGAAUUAGGCGUCGGUGUUAUACACACAUACAUCCGGUUCUUGUAUGACAAUUUCAUGCGCGGGAAUGAUCAAUUGUCAAACAGAUUCCGUUUCGUGUCUUCCUCCCUGGUCAACAAAGCAUUAAUUUGUAGGGAACCGGAUUCAUGUAGAGAGUACUUAGUCAAGAGAUUCAUGGCCAGCAGUACAAACAACUUGUAUCUUUGGCCGUAUAAUUCAGGGUGUCACUGGUUGUUGCUUGCUAUUGAUCCUUUAAAAGAAGUGGUAUAUUUUCUGAAUUCGAUAGAUGGUGAAUGGACAAAUUAUCCGGAUAUGAAGCAAUUAGUUGAUACAUCAAUAAAAGUGUUCCGAUCUCAAAGACAAGCUCGAGUACCACGUACUAAAUCCAGCAACAUUACGUGGAUAAAAGUGCAGUGUCCUCUACAGCGCAACGGUAUCGAUUGCGGAUACUUUGUAAUGAGGUUUAUGAGGGAAAUCAUUAAUAUGAAUCAAAUAGAGAUUCCAAUCACGAUUUGA